GAGAUGGCAACUUGCAGUUUACACGGGGAAGAUUCGCCUUACUUUGCUGGGUGGGAAGAGUAUCGAAAUAAUCCAUAUGAUGAAAAGCUCAAUCCUUCGGGCGUUAUCCAGAUGGGCCUUGCAGAGAAUACGCUCUCAUUUGAUCUGAUGGAAAAGUGGUUGAUAAAGCACCCAGAGGCAACAAUUACUUCCGAACAGAGUUUGGGUUUAUUCAAGGACUUGGCACUUUAUCAGGAUUAUCAUGGAUUAUCAGAUUACAGAGAGGCUAUGGCAAGUUUCAUGGAGGCAAUGAGAGGAAACAGAGUGAAAUUUGAUCCUGACAGGAUAGUAAAUGCUGCUGGAUCAACUGCAGCUAACGAGGUGCUAAUGUUUUGCCUUGCUGAUCCAGGAGAUGUCUUCUUAGUACCAUCUCCUUAUUACCCUGGAUUUGAUAGAGAUCUGAGGUGGCGCACAGGAUUAGAGAUUGAGCCAAUCCAUUGUUACAGCUCAAACAACUUUCAAAUCACCAAAUCUGCAGUGGAAUCAGCAUUCAAGAGAGCCCAAGAUCUAAAGAAGAAGGUGAAAGGAAUUCUCAUAACAAAUCCAUGCAACCCAUUGGGCACAAUCUCAAGCGCUGAUACAUUGAAGAUGCUGCUCGCUUUUGCAAAUAAGAAGAAAAUACAUCUUGUUUGCGAUGAGAUUUACUCAGGCUCAGUCUUCUCUUCUCCAGAGUUUCACAGCAUUGCAGAGAUUGUGGCCAAAGAAAAUUACACCCCAGAUAAUGUGCACAUUGUGUACAGUUUAUCAAAGGACAUGGGUCUUCCAGGCUUCAGAGCCAAAUUGAAUAUAUCUCCCGGAUCUUCAUUCAAGUGCAUGGAGCCUGGCUGGUUUCGAGUCUGCUUUGCAGAAAUGAAUAUAUCCACCAUGAAAGUUGCAUUGGAGAGACUUCAGAGAUUCUCCAAGCAAAAUAAAGCCAUGCAUUAA